AUGGGUGUCCCGGACGGCAUGACGCGUAUAUAUGAUGCGGCGGACGAGCCUAGGGCUGCUUUCGCGGACUGGAUCGAGGCUGCGGGUGUUUUCGGUGCUGUUCUGCCCGGUGCAGAGCUAAGGAUCAGACUGCUGAUCAAGGGACGUGUAGUCGGUGCAAGGGUUGAUGAUUUCGGGCAGUUCGGGAGGGUGUAG